UCCUCCUUCCCAGCCAGAUUCUUUCCUUCCGCUUUUCCUCCAUUCAAAGCGUGUUUUCCUCUCUUCGUGCCUCGUCUUUCCAUACAUCUACGAGAGAGGAAAAUUAUCGCAGAAAAGGAGGUUUGCGUCUCUUAAUUCUAACCUAAUCAGCCCCUGAUUUACCCUUUCCUAUCGAUACGCCUUCAGAAUUUUGUUUGGUGUAGUGAAUAGUGACAUUGGUUUUUUGAUAUGGCUGCUACCACAACUGAACCUACUCCAGCUCCUCGCUAUGCCCCAGAAGACCCUUCCCUUCCAAAACCUUGGAAAGGUUUAGUUGAUGGAGCCACUGGGUAUCACUACUAUUGGAAUCCAGUAACUAAUGUUACCCAAUAUGAGAAGCCCUCAGCAGGGUCUAAGGGUUCAAGUCAGCAACAAAAGUCAUCUUCAGUAGCUGUAAGUUCUUCAGUUCAGGUCCAACAAUCUUCAAAACAAGAGAAUGGUUUUAUUGAUGAUGAUAGAUAUGGUAAAAGCAGCAAUGGUGGAUCAAAGCUCUCUUCUGGAACAAGAGGUUACGAGAGUACAAGAACUGGGUCUUAUGCCCCAAAUGGGACAGUUGCUGCUGGACCAGGUGGAAGUGGUUUAUCACCUGAUGCUUAUCGUAAGCGCCAUGAGAUAACUGUAACUGGAGCUGAUGUGCCUCCACCUUUUACAUCAUUUGAAGAUACUGGUUUUCCAUCUGAGUUACUUAGAGAGGUACUUGAGGCAGGGUUUACAUCCCCCACUCCAAUUCAAGCACAAUCAUGGCCUGUUGCUCUUCAAAGCCGUGAUAUAGUAGCAAUUGCAAAAACGGGGUCCGGGAAGACAUUGGGUUACUUGAUUCCAGGGUUUAUUCAUCUUAAAAGGGUCUACAAGAAUCGCCAAAUGGGUCCCACUGUUUUGGUUUUGUCACCUACAAGAGAGUUGGCUACCCAGAUACAAGCUGAAGCAAUAAAGUUUGGGAAAUCAUCAAAGAUACUAUGCACGUGUUUGUACGGAGGAGCACCAAAGGGCCCACAACUACGGGAGUUAGAUCGUGGGACAGACAUUGUGGUUGCGACACCUGGACGAUUGAAUGACAUUAUAGAAAUGAGAAGAAUAAACCUAAGUCAGGUUACUUACUUAGUCUUGGAUGAAGCGGAUCGUAUGUUAGACAUGGGAUUUGAACCUCAAAUAAGAAAAAUAGUGAACAUGGUCCCCACACGCCGUCAAACCCUCAUGUACACUGCCACCUGGCCAAAAGAGGUCCGCAAAAUCGCAGCAGAUUUAUUGGUCAACCCUAUCCAAGUCAAUAUCGGAAAUGUAGAUGAACUCGUUGCCAACAAAGCUAUUACACAGCAUAUUGAGGUAUUGGCACCAAUGGAGAAACACAAACGAUUGGAGCAAAUACUUCGAUCACAAGAACCAAGGGCAAAAAUCAUCAUCUUUUGUUCAACAAAAAAGAUGUGUGACCAGCUGGCACGCAAUUUGACCCGACAGUUUUCUGCUGCUGCUAUUCACGGAGACAAAUCUCAAGGCGAACGCGAUUAUGUUUUGAAUCAGUUUCGAUCCGGUAGGUCCCCCGUGCUCGUUGCCACCGAUGUCGCCGCUCGUGGACUAGACAUCAAAGACAUCAGGGUGGUGAUUAACUAUGACUUUCCCACGGGAGUUGAAGAUUAUGUGCAUAGGAUUGGAAGGACUGGGAGGGCGGGGGCCACUGGAGAGGCUUAUACGUUUUUUGGUGAUCAAGAUUCAAAGCAUGCUUCAGAACUUGUGAAAUUAUUGGAAGGCUCCAAUCAACGUGUCCCGGUGGAGAUUCGGAAUAUGGCGGCACGUGGCGGUGGAAAAGGCGCCAGGUUUAACCGCUGGGGUUCUGGUUCUAGUUUUGGUGGUGGUGGUGGCCGUGGCGGUGGUGGUGGUGGCUUUGGUGGGAGGAGCAGUUGGGGUGGUGGUGGUGGAGGCCGUGACAGCAACAACAGGAUUGGUGGUGGUGGAUAUAACAAUAAUAAUAAUAAUAGUCAUAAACGUUUUGAUGAAAGCAAUGUGGGUGGUGGUGGUGGUGGUAGGGCCCGCAGCAGGAGCCGUAGCCCGGAGAGGUUUGGUUUGGGUUUAGCACCCAAAAAUGGAUUCCGGCCUCGCUUUCGUGCUCCCGGUGCUGAUGAAGAGGAGGAAGGAAUGAUUCGAGAGUAAUGUAGUAAUGUGGACAACCAGACUUUUUUCUUUUUUAUAUUUUUUGUUUAUUUUUUUGGAUGGGUGUUGUUAUGUAUUGUUAUGGUAAAAAGAAAAAAACAAUGAAUUAGGGGAAAGAAAAGAGAGAUUAUUGUAGUUUUCCAGUAGAUGGAUGAUGUUCAAGUUUUUUAGCCAAAGUAUGUAUCAGUUUUUGAUAA